UGUAAGCAUGCUAUAAAUACAUGUAUAUUACUCGUGUAUAUCGCAACUUCAACGCCGUAUAUAUUGUUCUCAAGAAGACAAACUUAAUUAAGGACGAAGUUAUAGAAUAACGUAAACGAAACUCCAAUUAAAAUAGCCUAAAACAAAGGUGAACCACAAAUAUCAUUUGGAAGACCUUAAAAUACUAACAAACAUGAACGAAAACAAGUUUUGGAAUCACCAAUUAACAAAAACAAAAAAACAAAAUAACAAGAGGUUUCAUGAAUCACAGUCGUGCUGACAAUCUUCGAACCAUUUGUGGGUUUCAUUCAAUCGAUCACCCAUAGAACAAAAGAGAAACGCAAGAACAAGAAGAAUCGAAGGAGCGGGAAGUGUAUGAGGAAGUUGUGUCCGAACAUAGACAAAGACGAUGGUUUGGAGACGGUUUUGGAAGUUCCGAUACCGGAGGAGAUGUUUUCCGGUAUGGGUAAUAACGUUGCAUUGAGGUGGCAGAAUAUGCUUACGUGGAUGAAAGCUCAAACGUCCGAUAAAUGGUCGCAACCGCUUAUCGCUGCUCGUAUCAACGAGCUUCGUUUUCUUCUUUAUCUCGUUGGAUCGCCACUUAUACCUCUCCAGGUUCAAGUCGGCCACUCUGUUCAUAAACCUGUGAAAGAUUGCUCCAUUCAAGCUUCGACGGCAAAAUAUAUCGUGCAGCAGUACAUAGCGGCGACGGGAGGACCGGCGGCGUUAAACGCUGUGAACAGUAUGUGCGUCACCGGACAAGUAAAGAUGACGGCGUCAGAGUUUCAUCAGGGAGAUGACACCGGCGCUAAUCUUAAGAGCAACGACGAGAUGGGUGGUUUCGUUCUGUGGCAAAAAGAUCCGGAUCUCUGGUGUCUGGAGCUCGUCGUCUCUGGCUGUAAAGUUAUAUGUGGAAGCAACGGUCGACUUUCAUGGCGACAUUCCUCUAACCAGCAAACACCGGCGUCUACGGGGCCGCCGAGACCCCUACGCCGGUUUCUACAGGGUUUAGAUCCUCGGUCAACGGCGAAUCUGUUCCUGGAUGCGACUUGCAUCGGAGAGAAGAUAAUCAACGGCGAGGAUUGCUUUAUACUGAAACUGGAGACAAGUCCGGCGGUUCGAGAGGCUCAGAGCGGUCCGAAUUUCGAGAUCAUUCAUCAUACGAUUUGGGGUUAUUUCAGUCAAAGGUCGGGACUAUUGAUUCAGUUCGAGGACUCGCGACUUUUGAGAAUGCGGACGAAGGAAGACGAUGACGUUUUCUGGGAGACUAGCGCCGAGUCGGUGAUGGAUGAUUACCGGUAUGUGGAUAAUGUGAACAUUGCUCACGGUGGAAAAACGUCCGUUACGGUUUUCCGGUAUGGGGAAGCGUCGGCGAAUCAUCGGAGACAAAUGACGGAGAAAUGGCGGAUCGAAGAAGUUGAUUUUAACGUUUGGGGUCUCUCGGUUGAUCAUUUUCUUCCUCCCGCCGAUUUGCAUAUCGAAAAUUAAUUUUGUUUUGUUCAAUUGUCAUUCGUUUUCUUCAGUUUUAUUCAUUUUUUUUUAGUUUUUAAUACAUCAACCGAGUCGGUGAAUUUUGAAUUAUGAGGUUAUUUAUCAAAUCCUAAGGUCUACUAAACUGAUUUAUAUACUAUACCCGAUAGUACAAAACUUUCUAAACCAACAAAACUUAGCGGGAUUAAUAAAAAUACAAGUAUUCCUUUGGUUUUGGG